CUUGUAUAAAAGCAGAGUCCAUUUAAAGUUGGGCUGGAUAGCCUCUCUCUCAUUGGUUAGGGGGCUUGGAAAAAAGAGACUCGGCGAGCCCUCGCUGUGGUGCUGCCGCCGCCGCCGCCGCCGCCGCUGGAGUUGACUCUUCUGCUCGCACUGCUGCUGCAGCACAAACGUGACUUCCAACAUUUUUUAUUUAUCUUUCCUUUUUCUUUUCCAAGAUGUAACUACGGAUCAGACACUAAGGACCUUCACGUUUUGCUGAUGUAGUUUUUGGAGGAAAAAGGGGGGGGAGUGAAGGGCGUCGGUUUUUUUUUUUGUGUGUGUGUGUUUCGGGGGAAAUUUUCCAUUAUGAGUGUUUUACUAAAGUGAAAUUUUUUUUUUGUUUGCUUCGUCUUUGGCUUUUUUUUUUCCUUCCCAAUUUCGGAUUUAUUUCAAGGCGAAUCGGGCUUUGGGGGAAGAGGAAGAAAAGUCGGAUUCCAAGAUCAACCACCACCAACAACAACAAUAAAAACCACCAGGAUAUUUUUUUGCAAAUUUCUGACGGCUUUAAAUUCAUGAAGCAAUUGUCCCCUUUUGCAAUCAGCAUUUGGAUCUCAGAAUGAGCAAGGAAAGACCCAAGAGGAAUAUCAUUCAGAAGAAAUACGACGACAGUGAUGGGAUUCCGUGGUCAGAAGAAAGGGUGGUGCGUAAAGUCCUUUAUUUGUCUCUGAAGGAGUUCAAGAACGCCCAGAAGAGGCAGCAUGGUGAAGGCAUUGCUGGGAGCCUGAAAGCAGUGAAUGGGCUCCUUGGUAAUGGCCAGUCUAAGGGAUUAGGACCAGCAUCAGAACAGUCAGAGAAUGAGAAGGACGAUGCAUCCCAAGUGUCCUCAACUAGCAACGAUGUUAGUUCUUCAGAUUUUGAAGAAGGGCCGUCGAGGAAAAGGUUAGUACCCAAGGCUGAAAAUAUUGGUGCCUUAAACCAGGGACUUCAAACUAGGUGCCAGUUUUGUCCACGUGGGAACAAACUUGGACGCCCACAGCGGACAGCUACACCUCUGGGCGUGGCGUGUGACCAGCAUCUGAGCCACGUCUCUAAGGUCGGCGGAGUCACUCGAAUGUCAUCUCUGGGUACAAGUGCAGCCAGUGCCAAAAAGAUGCGCGAAGUCAGACCUUCACCGUCCAAAACUGUGAAGUACACUGCAACAGUGACGAAGGGGACUGUCACAUACACCAAAGCCAAGAGAGAACUGGUCAAGGAAACCAAACCUAAUCACCACAAGCCCAGUUCAGCUGUCAACCACACAAUCUCAGGGAAAACUGAAAGUAGCAAUGCAAAAACCCGAAAACAGGUGCUAUCCCUCGGGGGGGCGUCCAAGUCCACCGGGCACACCGUCAAUGGCCUCAAGGUCAGCGGCAGGUUGAACCCAAAGUCAUGCACUAAGGAGGUGGGGGGGCGGCAGCUGCGGGAGGGUCUGCGGAACUCCAAGCGGAGGCUGGAAGAGGCGCCCCCGGCCGACAAGCCGCAGUCGCCCCCCAAGAAGAUGAAGGGGGAGGCGGGUGCUGCGGAGGGUCCCGGCAGGAAGGCGGCCCCGGACCCCGCGGAGAAGGCGCCGCCUGGCGGCCACGGGAAGAAGGAGGUGCCCGAGCGGAGCCUGGAGAGGAACCGGCCGAAGCGGGUGACGGCCGGCAAGGGCCCGCCGGGCAGACAAGCACACGGCAAGCCGGACGGCGCCCCCUGUGAAAAUCGUUCUACCUCGCAAUCGGAGCCCCUGCCCCGGCCGCACGAGGCGGCGGCCAAGGCCGAGAAGGGGGCCGGCAGGGCCGGGUGGGCGGCCAUGGACGAGAUCCCCGUCCUGCGGCCGUCGGCCAAGGAGUUCCACGACCCGCUCGUCUACAUCGAGUCGGUGCGCCCUCAGGUGGAGAAGUACGGCAUGUGCAGGGUGAUCCCGCCCCCGGACUGGCGGCCCGAGUGCAAGCUCAACGACGAGAUGCGCUUCGUCACGCAGGUCCAGCACAUCCACAAGCUGGGCCGGCGCUGGGGCCCCAAUGUGCAGCGGCUGGCCUGCAUCAAGAAGCACCUCAGAUCUCAGGGCAUCACCAUGGACGAGCUCCCGCUCAUAGGAGGCUGUGAGCUCGACCUGGCCUGCUUCUUCCGGCUGAUUAACGAGAUGGGCGGCAUGCAGCAGGUGACUGACCUCAAGAAAUGGAACAAACUAGCAGACAUGCUGCGUAUCCCCAGAACCGCCCAGGACCGGCUGGCCAAGCUCCAGGAGGCCUACUGCCAGUACCUGCUCUCCUAUGACUCCCUGUCCCCCGAGGAGCACCGGCGCCUGGAGAAGGAGGUGCUGAUGGAGAAGGAGAGCCUGGAGAGGCGCAAGGGGCCCCUGGAGGGCCACACGGAGCAGGACUGCAGCCGCUUCCACCCGCUGCCCCGCUUCGAGCCCAAGAACGGGCUCAUCAAUGGCGUGGCCCACAGGAACGGCUUCCGCAGCAAGCUGAAGGAGGUGGGCCCCGCACAGCUCAAGACGGGGCGGCGGCGACUCUUUGCUCAGGAAAAGGAGGUGGUGAAGGAGGAGGAGGAGGACAGAGGCAUCCUCAGCGACUUCCACAAGUGUAUAUAUAAGGGGAGGUCUGUUUCCUUAACGACUUUUUACCGAACAGCAAGAAAUAUCAUGAACAUGUGCUUCAGCAAGGAGCCCGCACCAGCUGAAAUCGAGCAAGAGUACUGGAGGCUCGUGGAGGAGAAGGACUGCCACGUGGCUGUGCACUGCGGCAAGGUGGACACCAACACCCACGGCAGCGGCUUCCCGGUGGGAAAAUCAGAACCGUUUUCAAGACACGGAUGGAACCUCACCGUCCUCCCCAAUAACACAGGCUCCAUCCUGCGUCACCUUGGUGCUGUGCCUGGAGUGACAAUUCCCUGGCUAAAUAUUGGCAUGGUCUUUUCUACCUCAUGCUGGUCUCGAGACCAAAACCACCUUCCCUACAUUGACUACUUACACACUGGUGCUGACUGCAUUUGGUAUUGCAUUCCUGCUGAGGAGGAGAACAAGCUCGAGGACGUGGUGCACACCCUGCUGCAAGCCAACGGCACCCCCGGCCUGCAGAUGCUCGAGAGCAACGUCAUGAUCUCCCCGGAGGUGCUGUGCAGGGAGGGGAUCAAGGUGCACAGGACCGUGCAGCAGAGCGGCCAGUUCGUCGUCUGCUUCCCGGGAUCCUUUGUGUCCAAAGUGUGUUGCGGCUACAGCGUCUCUGAGACCGUGCACUUCGCCACCACCCAGUGGACGAGUAUGGGCUUCGAGACGGCCAAGGAGAUGAAGCGUCGCCGCAUAGCUAAGCCGUUCUCCAUGGAGAAGUUACUCUACCAGAUCGCACAAGCGGAAGCGAAAAAGGAAAACGGUCCCACUCUCAGUACCAUCUCAGCCCUUCUGGACGAGCUCAGGGACACGGAGCUGCGGCAGCGGCGGCAGCUGUUCGAGGCCGGCCUCCACUCCUCCGCCCGCUACGGCAGCCACGAGGGCAGCAGUGCCGCGCCCGACGGGAAGAAAAAGCCUCGGAAGUGGCUGCAGCUGGAGACCUCGGAGAGGAGGUGUCAGAUCUGUCAGCACCUGUGCUACCUGUCCAUGGUCGUGCAGGAGAGCGAGAAUGUGGUCUUCUGCCUGGAGUGCGCCCUGCGCCACGUGGAGAAGCAGAAGUCCUGCCGCGGUCUGAAGCUCAUGUACCGCUACGACGAGGAACAAAUUAUCAGCCUGGUCAAUCAGAUCUGUGGCAAGGUAUCUGGUAAAAACGGCAGCAUUGAGAACUGUCUCGGUAAACCCACACCAAAAAGAGGGCCCCGCAAGAGAGCGACGGUGGACGUGCCGCCCUCCCGGCUCGCCGCUGCCUCCUCCUCGUGAAGACGCCAGCACCGUGGGCCGGGGAUAGAUAUUUUUCUGUAAUUAUUAUAUUCUAGUUUGGAGUACUGGCUGUAGGAUACAAGCUGUCUUUGCACUAGCUCUGAAGAAGAUUUUCUUCUGGUUUUAGAGAACUAAUUUUGUUUUAGCAUUAAACUGUUGAACUUUUUUUGUACUUAGAAUACCUAGAUACUGCAGUCAGAUUUUUGAAACUGCCGUAUAUUCACUGUUUUAAAACCCUUGAGGGGCUGUUAUUAAUUUGUAUCGCCCCUUGUGGCUGACAAAAGCCUUUUUGUUUGAUUUUUGUUUUUUGUUUUUUGGUUUUGUUUUUUUUUGUAAUUGUUGUUGGGGGAAAAAAAGGCUUUUUAACCCAGUUUUGAAGAGGGUGAAGUUUGGAGAACAAAUUUUAAAACCAUCAGUAAUGUGAGCAGAUUUUUUUCUAGAGAGGAAAAGGGAUAGGAGACACACACACACACACACACACACACACACACACACACACACACGAAAGAAAUGGCUUUACUUUGGCUGUCUUUUCUUCUGUCGUGUGCAGGAUGUUUGUAAUUGUUAAAACCGGAGAAUCCCCAUUUUGUUUCUUUGGGCGGUUAUGGCAGCUGAAGGUGGACGUUGUUUCCUAACCAUAGGCAAAAUGAGGAGGUCGGAGUGACUAGGUUCUCUUUACCAGCACAUCACUAUGCAUCUGUUUAAGGAAAGAGAAGAAAAAGACUGCCUGCCUUGGAGGGGGUCACGUGAGGGAAACCUGUGCCUGAUUUCAUUAGGAAAUCCAUUCUGUUAUUUUUUGGUGCUGUUGGCUACUUUAUCAAAAAACCCUUCAAUAGCAUCCUUAAGAAAAAAAAAAAAGGAAAAAAGUGAUUGAAGCCGUUAAGUGCUUCUUUGUCAUGGAUGUGCAAUCUUUCUAACAUUCCGUCUUCAUCUCACAGCUUGUUGUUUUACACCUUCACAGGUCAGCAUUAAUCUUUCUUUUUAAACUCGUUUUGUUGGUGAUCACAUCUAGAGCCACUAGGAGGUCUGCCGUUCUUUUUGAAUGUGAAAAUGUAUCUGCCCUCAUCUGGUCUAUUUUUUCUCUUCAUGUUGUAACAAAAAGAAAAAAAAAAAUCCCGUCCCUUUUGUACAUACGCCUGUAAAUUGUUUUAAAUACUUGAGCCUUUUUCUGGGUGGGGGAGGGGAGGGGGUGAGAAGACGAGAUGAAGAAAAGCCUUACACUUCAGUUUCUUCAUCGGUUGGAUUGGAUGCUUACAGGGUUUUUCUUGUAACAUUUAUAAGUGCUGCUUACAUCACUGAACAACAACAAAAAAAAUAAUAAUGGAGUAGCUGUUGCCCUUCUCCGGUUGUGUGUACAGUAUGUGUGGAAUAAAAAAGGGAAACUGUUUCCACAA